AUAAGUCAGGAGGCAGUCGCCGCCAUAUUGUUUUAUUUCGUAGAUUCACUUGAGCAGAAAGCCACAAGCAAAACUGUGAUUAAGCGCGUUUAUAUUAAACAAUAACACAGUUAAUCGUCAGCUAAUACUGUAUGACGCAUUUACAGAUAGUGCUGUAUUGAUUAACAUCUCUCGUCUGGUGUCAGUCGGUUUAAAACUGCAGAAGAUGGGUCGCUCGCGGAGCCGCAGCACGUCUCGGUCCAAACACUCCAAACAUAGUCGUAGACGGAGCAGCUCAAGAUCCAAAUCCAGCAAGAAGAGGAGCAGACGAUCCCACUCCAGAUCCGGCAGCAAAAGAGAAAGAGGCGGCUCACCACCCGAUCGGACCGACGCGUUCGGCCGGACAAUGAGCAAGAGAAUCCUCGAAGAGAAACAGAAGAGAGAAGAGGAGGAAAGGAGAGUAGAAAUGGAGAAACAGAGGAAGAUCCGUCAGGUGGAGAUCGAAGAGCGUCUGAUUGAGGAGGAGACGGCACGGCGCGUAGAGGAGCUGGUGGCUCGACGCGUGGAGGAGGAGCUUGAGAAACGGCGCGAUGAGAUUGAGCGGGAGGUACUGCGUCGGGUGGAGGAGGCCAAGCGCAUCAUGGAGGCGCAGCUUUUGCAGGAGCUAGAGAGGCAGAGGCAGGCUGAACUGAACGCCCAGAAAGCCAGAGAGGAGAAAGAAAAAUCCAAACGAGAGGACCUGGAGAGAAUUUUGGAAGAAAACAACCGAAAAAUUGCAGAUGCACAGGCUAAGCUGGCUGAGGAUCAGCUACGUAUAGUGGAAGAACAAAGGAAGAUCCACGAGGAACGACUGAAACUUGAGCAGGAGAGGCAGAAACAACAGAAAGAGGAGCAGAAGAUCAUUUUGGGGAAGGGCAAGUCCCGACCUCGUCUCUCCUUCACUCUCAAAGCCGUGGAGUGAUUCUCUCCUCUUUCCUCUCUUCUUUCCUCUCCUCUUGUUGGAUGUGUGCUUCAUGUUGAAGUGAAUCGGUUGGAGUCUCAAGGAGAGGUCUACCCUUUGUGCUCUUUUCCACAAAAUCUGCACUCAGUAGAUCUAGUAUAAAAUGACCCCUUGAAUCCUCACGCUUCAAAACUGGACUUACAGAUCAGCUCCCAUUUUUGCUUUUUAUCAGUGUGUUAUAUAGAUAUUUGGCACUGUUAUGCUGGGUGCACGUCCUUUAGAAACAUCAGGCUUUUUUUUUUUUCCCUUUUCAAUGAGCAAAUAAGAAUGAAAUGUAUGUAUGUGUUAUGAGUGUGUGGUCAGUUGGUCAUUUUAUGUCAGUGGUUUGGGAGCUCUCUUGGAACAAAGUAAACCUGGAAUUAACUUUAACCACUUAUUCUGUUCAUAACAUCCAGCUGUUGUAGAUGUAUUAAAAAUUGUAAAACGUUGUUUACAUUUUUAGUUUGUUAGGGCUUAUUUAAUCUUAUUCAAGACACCUCAAAACCUUGAAGAGCUCCUAAACGGCUGCUUAACACAUUGUUCCUAUAAUCACUGAUGAUAUGCGCAGCAUUUAUUGCAUUGUAACUUAGAUAAAAUGUGUCUUUUUUGAUACAACUCACUCAUAAUGCUCGAAGCGUAGAAAGGAAGGUGCGACCAGCACUUGUUCAGCAUUUUCAAUGCAAACAUUUUAGUGGAAAAGGUUCAAAUGUGCAAGUCUUGUAAUGUUUAGUGCUCUGUUGGUACCUUAAGGAAAUCGGGAAUCACAGGUAAGACUAGUUGGUGUGUAUGUGAGCGAGCUUGUGUGGGUGUGUGAGAGUAUGCUAGAGGGUGGAAUUGUCUAAUGGUAAAUUUACCCCUUUUCUUGUGAUCUGGGACAUUUCAUGUGUUCACCAAUAAAUCCCAUGAA